UGUGGUUUGUUAGGCAAAGAAGAAAGAAUCUCACAAAGUUUGAUCAAUCUAUUCCUAAAAAGAGGAAAGAAAAAUAACCAUUUUAAGUGUGUCAAAACCAAAGUUAGGCAACGAUUCUAUGCUAUUCUUUGAUUCAAUCUAUCUUUCUUUUCUUUGAAUGUGUUCUAUUUACUACAACUGUUCAAUCUAGAAAAUAGUUUUAGAGAAAGGAAAAAUAAGGAAGUUGAAGAGUUUUUGUGAGCAACAAGAUGUGGCAAAGAAGCAUGAAAUUGGAGCUUAAACUUGGUCCACCAGGUGAAGAAGAGUGUGUCAAUGAAGAAAGUAUGAAGAAUGUUAAAAAGGAAAGAGAUGAAGAUGAAAAAAAUGAAGAAUCAUCACUCAGUCUUAGUUACUUUGCAAAGAAAGAUUCAACUUGUGAUUUCUCUAAUGUUAAAGGUUCUUCAUUUCUUCAACUCUCAUCAAUGCAAGGGAUGGAAAAAGAUGCAUCACAAGGUGAGAAGAAUGCAUUCUCACCUUCUACAAAAAAAUCAGAUUUUUCUAAUAGGUCUCAAAAAAGAAAUUCAACUAGUAGAGCAGUUGGUUGGCCGCCGAUUCGAUCUUUCCGGAAGAACAUUGCAAGCGGAAGCUCGUCUAAACCGCCCACCGAGCCGCGGCAUGUGGUUCAAGACAAGGUUGCUGCCAGUAACAAACCUAUUAGAAACUCUAGAAAAGGCUUAUUUGUGAAGAUCAACAUGGAUGGAGUUCCUAUUGGAAGAAAAGUAGACAUCAAUGCUUAUGACAGCUAUGAAAAACUUUCAUCUGCUGUAGAUGACCUAUUCAAAAGUCUCAUUGAAGAGAUAAAUUUAUCACAUAUUGUGUUUUCACACUGCUGUUCUGCUCAAAGAGAUUCUUCAUGUGAUGAUGGAAUUGACAAGAAGCAAGAGGAAGAAAAUAAAGAUAUGAUGAAAGGUUCAUUGAUUGGAAGUGGAGAAUAUAGUCUUGUUUAUGAAGAUAAUGAAGGUGACAAGAUGCUUGUAGGGGAUGUGCCAUGGGACAUGUUUGUAUCAACAGUGAAGAGGCUGAGAGUGUUCAAGAGUUCUGAUCUUACUGCUUUUAACAUUGGCAGUAAAAAAGACUAGAUUGAUACACCACUUGACUUGGCAAUGCAAAUGAAGGAUGAGGCUAAUUGAGGUUUUCUUCAUUAGAUGGAACAAGAAUAGAGUGAUUAUAAUUCACAUUUUGGUUAUUUUUGUGUUGAAUUAGAUUAGGGAAUACUAAUACUAAUGUCAAGUUCCAAGUAAUAAUAAUGUGUAUGAAUGUAAACUUUUGUUAAUGAGGAUUUAAAUUAUAGACAAUUCUACUAAUAUUGAGGGAAACAUGUUUAGAAUAUUGAGAUUUAAAGUA